AUGACUCAUACCUCUAGUGUAGUGAAUAUCACCUUGAGACUGAAUAUAUACCUUUACUUUCACCUCAGUGUAGUGAAUAUCACAUUGAGACUGAACAUAUACCUUUACUUUCACCUCAAUGUAGUGAAUAUCACCUUGAGACUGAACAUAUACCUUUACUUUCACCUCAAUGUAGUGAAUAUCACCUUGAGACUGAACAUAUACCUUUACUUUCACCUCAAUGAAGUGAAUAUCACCUUGAGACUGAACAUUUUUGAAAACAAAUUGUAA